AUGCCGAGGGGCACCGGCUUCCUGCUUCUCUCCCUCGUCCUUCUCGCCGCCCUCUCGGAGACGCUCGGGCUCGUCCUGUCCGCAAAAGAAAAAAGAGGGUGGACCUUGAAUAGUGCUGGUUACCUGCUUGGACCACGUCGUAUUGAUCAGCUUUUGCUGAUAAAGGAAAUGCCCAUGGCAAGGGGGAGAGAAGAGGCACCAGGGGAAUAUGCAGUAGAUAACCACAGGUCAUUUAAUGACAAACAUGGUUUCACUGGCAAACGUGAAACACAGCCUGAUGAGGAUAUAAAAGCAGGCAAUCUUGGAAGACCACUGGCUGAUGAAAACAUUGUGCGCACAGUAAUCGAAUUUUUGACUUACUUGCAUCUUAAAGAGGCGGGAGCAUUUGACAAUCUACCUUCACCAGAAGAAACAAACCAAUCUUGAAAGACAAAAAAACAAAAAACUUUUAUUUUGUUGUAAAUUUAGACUGAAUUCUAAACAAAAGAUCCAAAUGACCAAAAAUGAGAAUUAUUGCUUACAAUAAUCUGACAAAUGGCAAAGAGCUUUAGGAUUUCUUGUUUUUUUCUU